CAACAUGAAUUGUUUAUGUUUUGUUUCGGUCAUUACACUAACACUCCGCUAUUUUUUGUAGUUUGCCGUAACUCGGGGACAGCGCAUACGUCGCGUGCUCAUGUCAAUUUGCAAGACGGCCAUUGCGCAAUUUCUCGGCUGUUCCGUACGGAGAAAGACUUAUCGAAAAUGUCUGGAGAAUCGAAUGUGGAUGAAUCGAAAUUGACUGGCCUGUCGAAAUAUUUCAACAGCCAGACAAAUACGGGCCGGGCAAAUGUGGCCAAGGCGACGUACGCAACCGUUGCCCUGAUAGCUGCUUACUUUUAUCUAAAGCCAAAAAGCAAAAAAUAAAUUUCGUCCGCUAUAACUAGAUGGACGAUAUUUCUUACGUAAUUUUCGUUUAGGGAGUCAUUUAAGAGUCAUAAAUCUUAUUGCAAUGUAUAUGAUACAAUAAAAAAUAAACAAUAUGUACAAAUUGAA